AUGGGCGUCCUGUCGGCCAUUCUUCUUCUCCUGGCAGCACGAGGGCUAUCUGCACAACAAACAACCGCAGAUCCUUUUCUGAGCGACUCAUCGCCGAACACUCUGCUUGAAAAAGGCAGCAUGGAGGACCCUGUGCUCCUGGGCGCUCACAGGCCGUGCGAGAGCGCAGACCAGCACUUCUGUCUCAACGGCGGCACAUGCCUCUACCCCCAAGACCACACAAAACCCUUCUGCAUCUGCCCGACUGGCUCUAGCGGGAAUCGCUGCCACCUCCAGUCCUUCUCUCGAGGUUAUCACCUCGCCGUGGAGCAUUUGAUUGGCGUCAGCUGCGGGGCGGCCUUCCUGGUUUUCAGCCUGUCCUUCCUCGUCUGUUGCGUGGUGCGAAGGAAGUGA